AUGGCAGGUGAAAAGGACCCGGAGAAGAACGAUGGCCAGGUUGUUCAGGGUGCACCGCAGAGCCAGCAAAAUGCGGUCGAUCAACAUGAUUACUCCGUGUUCACUGUGAACCAGAAAAGGGCUAUCGUGGCGGCUGCCUCGUUGGCUAGUUUCUAUUCCCCUCUGUCGUCUAGUAUAUACUUUCCUGCAUUGGAGACCAUCGCAUCAGCCCUGGGUGUGUCGACGUCCAAGGUCGAUAUAACGGUCACCACGUACUUGAUCAUGCAAGGCAUCGCCCCCAUGUUCAUCGCCGGCUUUUCCGACACCGCAGGCCGUCGCCCAGCAUACAUAAUCUGCUUCACAAUCUACCUCGCCGCAAACCUCGGCCUAGCCCUACAGAACAGCUACGCCGCCCUCCUCGUCCUGCGCUGUCUCCAGAGCGCCGGUAGCAGCGGCACCGUAGCCCUGGCCAACGGGGUCGUCAGCGACGUCGUCACUUCUGGCGAACGGGGCGCGUAUAUCGCCUAUGCUUCGCUGGGGGGUAUGCUGGGCCCGUCGCUGUCGCCGGUGAUUGGGGGGUUGAUCAGCCAGUUCGUCGACUGGCAUUGGAUCUUCUGGUUCUUGCUUAUCUUCGCGGGCGUGUUCUUCAUCCUGCUUGUACUGUUCCUACCAGAGACAUGUCGCAAAGUCGUGGGCGAUGGGUCAAUCCCCCCACCGGCCCUAAACACCUCCGUGAGCGAUAUCAUACGUCACCAACGACGCAAGCGAAAAGGUCUCGCGCCACCAUACUCGAAAACCGCCGAAAUCCGCAAAAACCACACCUUCCACCUGCCCUCCCCCCUCCCAACCCUAAAAGUCUCCUUCGAUCUCGAAACAACCGCCAUCCUCCUCACAACGGGACUCCUCUUUGCAUGCUUCUACGCCAUCAUGACUGGCGCCACAACAACACUCCACGAAGUUUAUCACUUCAACAACAUCCAAACAGCCCUAAUGUACAUCCCCAUCGGCGCCGGCGGGAUCCUUUCCGCGUUCACGACGGGAUACUUUGUCGACAGGAAUUACCGGCGACAUGCGCGUCGCGCAGGUCUGCCCGUUAUCCGAAAUCGGGGAACGGAUAUAAGCAACUUCAACAUCGAAAAGGCACGCAUCGAAAUCGCCUUGCCCAUGUACUACCUCACCAGUAUCACCAUUAUUGCGUAUGGCUGGGUCAUGGGACGACAAGUCCAUCUGGCAGCGCCAAUCAUCCUCCUCUUUCUCUGUGGCUGGGCGCUUAACGGCACUUCACAGGUUCUUAAUGUCUUGAUGGUCGACAUCUGGCCCGGACGCUCAGCGGCCGCUACGGCAGCGAAUAACCUGUUCCGCUGUGAAUUGGGCGCGGCGGCUUCGGCGGCUAUUAACCAUAUGCGGUUGGCGAUGGGGUGGGGAUGGGCGUAUACGGUUUUGGCGUUGAUUUCAAUUGCGGCUUCGCCGGCGCUGUGGUUGGUGUCCAGUCAUGGGAUUCGGUGGAGGCAGAGGAGAGCUGCGAAGGAGAGGGCGAAGGCGUUGGGGAAAGGUUCUUGA